AGAUAACUUCAAACACUUACAGCCCUUCCAAAGAUAGACAGACUCAGACUGGAGAAAGAGAUGGGUCUGCUAACUGUGAUCGUGUGCCUUGCUGCACUGCACCAAGCUGUUGGACAGAAUCCAGGUCUGGGUUUUUAUGAGUUGUCCAAUUUAAAUGAGAAUAACCAAAAGAUGAUCGUUGACAAGCACAAUGACCUUCGGCGAGGGGUGAAUCCCACUGCCAGAAACAUGCUGAAGAUGUUUUGGAGUCCCGAAGCUGCGGACAAUGCUCAGAGAUGGGCAGAUCAGUGUAAAAUGUCCAUCAGUCCUAGAAAUGAGAGAGUUGUCAAUGAUGUCCUCUGUGGUGAAAAUAUAUUACAGGCAACUUAUCCGCUCCCUUGGUCUGAUGCAAUCCAAUCCUGGUAUAAGCAAGUGGCUAAUUUCAAAUAUGGUACUGGAGCAAUCAAUAACAAUGCCCCUAUUGGUGGCUACACUCAGGUGGUUUGGUAUCGUUCUUACCAGAUUGGAUGUGGAGUUGCCUACUGUCCUCAGAAUAGGUUCCAGUUCUUUUAUGUUUGCCAGUACUGUCCCGCAGGAAACAGUGUAGCAGACUUAUCUAAACCAUACAAACAGGGACCAACGUGUGGCGAUUGCCCUGAUGCCUGUGACCGAGGACUCUGCACCAACCCUUGCAAGUAUAUGGAUAAAUACACAAACUGUGCCACCUUAAAAGACCUCUUUGGCUGUAAUCAUUCUGUGGUGAAGGAAAGUUGUCAUGCUUCCUGCAAAUGCACCACUGAAAUAAAAUAAUAUCCUGCUAUCCAUCACUUUCUCUUCCUUGAGAUUGUUUUAUUUGAAAGAGAAAAGAACCAAGGAUAAAACAAAACAAUUCUCAAUGUUUUCAUAACCGCUUGAAUUCUGGGUAAAACGAUGAAGUUCCGCUCUGCAUUAUGUGUUAUAUGUCCUGAAUAUUGUUCAGUAAUUGAAACUAUUUCCAUAAUUACUUUAGAUUAUUCAAAAAUCUUAUUUUAGCUAUUAAUGGGCAUAGGUCUAUUGCAGGAACGGGUGGGUGAGGUUCUGUGGCCUGCAAUGUGCAUGAUGAUCAUGAUGGGUCCCUUCUGGUCUGAAAGUCUAAAUGAGUCUACUUCAGAGCAUGGAACUCCUGCUGAAUUUUAUUCUUAAACAGGAAAUAGAGUCAUAAUCUACUUGACUAUUUUUUUGUAUUGCACAUUAAAUUUCAGUUGAUUUGCCACUGACCUUUGAUUAUAAAAUGAAUGUAAUCCUGCUAAAUAAAAGCAUUGUUU